AUGAAACAAGCGCUCCUCUCAGCAUGGCGGCGCGCGGCGUCUACCAUGACCAAGGAAGCCGGUGACAUCAGCUCGGUGUUCCCGUCGCUGUCUGGCAAGCCGGCUGAGCCGCUGCCACCGCGGUUCGCAGAGAUCAAGAAGUCUCUGGUCAAUGGCAACGAGGCCGCCGUCGCGGAUUCCUGGAAGCGCCUGCUGGCCAGUCUGCGAGGGGAGAUCGAGGAGAUUCGGGCGAAGGGCAGCAGUGUGAUACCGAGCAUGGAGUUCGAGGACAUUCUGGCAGGCAAAGUCCCACAGACAAGCCUCGACGCGGUGCGGCACCGCGGCACGGCGGUGAUCCGCAACGUGCUUCCGCGGCAGCAGGCCCUGGAUCUGAAGCAGCAGGCGCGGGAGUACAUCGCGGCGAAUCGCGACAAGGUCAAGGCGUUCCCGGCCGACGAUCCGGCCGUGUAUGAGUUGUACUGGACGCCGUCGCAGGUCGAGGCGCGCGCGCACCCGAAUAUGCUGAAGGCGCAGUCCUUCAUGGCGUCGUUCUGGCACUCGUCGGACCCGAGCUCGGAGAUCUCGACGGCGUAUCCGCUCUCGUACGCGGAUCGAUUCCGGAUCCGGAGACCUGGCGACGCCAAGUUCGCGCUGGGCCCGCACACGGACGGCGGCAGCGUCGAGAGGUGGGAAGAUCCCGAGUACUCGCGCGUGUAUCAGGCGAUUUUCCAGGGCCGCUGGGAGCGGUAUGAUCCGUUCGAUGCGCGGCACCGCAUCACGGCCAACAUGGACCUGUACAAUGGCGCGGGUGCGUGCAGCAUGUUUCGCUUGUUCCAGGGCUGGCUGUCCAUGUCCUCGACGGGGCCAGGAGAGGGGACGCUGAAAGUCUGUCCGUUGCUCCAGCACGCCACGGCGUACUUGCUGUUGAGGCCUUUCUUCGACCUCAACACCGGAAAACCGAACAUGGAGGCGGUUCUCCCCAACUCGGUGCCGGGGGCUUGCCAGGAAUACAAUCCUCUGACUCACCCGGACCUUGAACUCGAGACCACAAUGGUCAGUAUGCCGCAGGUCGAACCUGGUGACUACGUUGCGUGGCACUGUGAUACGAUUCACGCGGUGGACAAGGAGCAUAAGGGAAGCGGGGAUAGCAGUGUCAUGUACAUACCUGCCUGUGCAAUGACGAAGUCCAACCUGGAGUUUCUGGCCAGGCAGCGUUCAAGUGCGUUGAGAUAUAGCCCUCCACCGGAUUUUCCAGGCGCUGGUGGCGAUGGAGAAUUCGGCUUCACAAAGGCGAUGGACUGGAAUGGGCUCAAUCAAGAAGGGAAAAGGGCCAUGGGAAUGGGCAGUCGAUAUUGGGAGAUCCGACAGGGUAUGAGCCCAGGCGAACAGAAAGUCAUUGCGGAAGGCAACAGGGCUUUGUUUGGAUGA